AUGAACAAAUCUUAAGAAAAUAAAUACCCAUAUUUGGUUAGUCUCUUCAUUAUGGUUUUCCCAUAUGCUUUGGCUUUUCUAACCUUAGAAAUCUUUUAUGAUUUUACAUAACCAUUCAAUUUACAUCCUCUAAUUAGAGUGCUCUUGGUUGAUAUCGCACAUACUAUUUUGGUCUUCGCUUUUUCUUUUAUAUUCAAAAAUAGUAGCAUUUAUGAUCCUUACUGGUAAACCUUACCUAUUGGUUAUGCAUAUAUUUUGAACAAAUAAAGCUUAUAUUCAAAUAGUUUAAGAAACAUGCUAGCAAUCUUCCCACUACUUGCUUACUGCAUUAAGCAGAAUGUUUACUAUUUUAGAUUCUGGCCUGGUUUCCAAUAUGAAGAUUUCAGAUACAAGUAAUACUCUAAUGUGAUUCAUAAUCCAGUUUUAUAUUGGUUGUUUUCUUUUUUCAGUUUUCAUUUGUUUCCAACAAUUCUAGUCUUUUUGGGAUUGACUCCUCUUUACUAUAUUUUAAACGAGGAUCUUGCAAAUUAAACUUUUAUAUAAGAAUUUAUUACCUACUUAGGAAGCUUUAUUUCUUUAGCAGGAGUUAUUAUUGAAGCUAUAGCUGAUGAAUAAUUGCUUCCUUGGAGAGGAGUGAAAACUGAAAAAUGCAUAGAAGUAGGACUAUGGAAAUACUCGAGACAUCCUAACUAUUUUGGCUAAAUCACAAUAUGGUGGGGAAUCUUUAUCUCAUUGCUUGGAUCUACAAAUCCUCCAUUAUGGACUGUGAUUGGAGCUGUUAGUAUUACUUGCUUAUUUAACUUUUAUAGUGUUCCAGCUAUGGAAAAGUAUUUAUCAUAAAAAAAGCCAAGUUAUAAACUUUACUAAAAAACUGUUUCUAGACUUAUUCCUUGGUUUAGAAAAAAUCUUAAAAACGAAUGA